AAUGCAUCUGAAUUGAGAUUUGAUGCUCCUCAACACUUCUGGAAUGAAUAUAGGAAAAAAGAACAAAAGUAUUGGAAGGAACAUAGUGUGCUCCCAAUUCACCUUGAAGUUGGAGCUUUGCUAAGGAAAGAGAUGGCAACUGGGAAUGAUUCAACAGUCCCCUCUGAUGCUGCCACUGAAGUUAUGAUGGACGUGACAGGUACUCAUGUUGAGGGAAUAGGGAACAAUGAUGGUGUUGACUAUGAACCUAUUGAAGAAGAAGAAAGUGUUCCUUCCACUCCCAUUGGUAGUACCAGUCGUUCGCGAGGAAGACCUCGUGGGUCCGUCAAUAGUGGCAGAGAAAAGAGGAAGAAGGGUGUAGCUGAAAAGGUGGUAAGUCCAUUGAAACAGAUUGCUAACUCAAUCGAGAAGAUGGUAAUGAGUGAAUCUCAGUCUGAAUUUGGGAGAGCCAUUAUAGAUGCUGUUGAUGCCAUUCCAGACCUCAAUUUUCAACAAAAGUUUAAGGCCAAGGAAUAUUUCAUGGCCAAGCGGAAUUCUGCCAUUAUCUUCUUGGGAACAAAAGUAGAAGAUAGGCGAAAUCUGCUUGAGAUGUACUUGCCAGAGAUUGAGAAGAAUUGAGGUGAUAAAAGUAAGUGUUUGGAUG